CUCGUCUUAUCGUCCUUUGAUUUUACCAGUGACGUAGUGGUCUCUUCCCCCCUCUGCCGCCACCAUGAGAGUGAUCAUCCGAGAGACUAAUUCCGAAGCUUCGGAAUACAUUGCGGAUUAUAUCAUCAGUAUGUUUCUGUUAAAUAGUCCUCCGUACUCUAGAUUCAUCAUUCUUGCACAUAUCCCCAUGCCACUUGUAGACAUGGGUUAUGUGGCAUCGGCUACAUGCAUCCAGCUACUAACCAUGCUUUCACUUCCCGCUAGGUCGCAUCAAGUCGUUCAAACCAACGGAAGAUCGGCCCUUUGUGUUGGGGCUCCCAACAGGUAGCAGUCCUGAAAUUAUCUACAAGACUCUUGUGCGCCGGCACAGGAAUGGCGAAAUCUCAUUCAGAAAUG